AUGUCAAGAUUUUCGUUGAAAGGUCGAACUGCUUUAGUUACCGGAGGCGCUCGGGGAUGUGGCCUUGCAUUUGCGCAGAGCUGUGCUGAAUCUGGAGCCGAUGUGGCCAUUUUUGAUGUUAUUCAACCAGACGAUACAUUCCGAGCCUUGCGUGAACUAUACGGUGUCCGGGUAGAAUACUACGAAGUUGACGUAUCUUCUGAACAAUCUCUCCAAAAUGGCUUCAAUCAGUUCAAAUCUGACUUUUCGAAUGCGCUCGACAUCUGUAUACCAUGCGCCGGAAUCAAUCGUCAUCUCCCCUUCCUCGAAUUCUCAUACCAAGACCACCGCGAUCUACUGUCCGUCAAUGUGCUAGGGUCGUACUUUACGGCACAACUAGCAGCCCGUCAAAUGAUUGCAAAUGGUACACGACAUGGGAGCAUCAUUAUGGUGGCCAGCAUCGCCGGUGAGCGAGCCAUUAGAAGCCAGCUCUGUAGUGCGUACUGUGGCUCCAAAGGCGCCGUGAAAGCCAUGUGUCCAGCCAUUGCGCAGGAAUUGGCGCCUCAUGGAAUCCGUAUCAAUUCGAUCUCACCGGGCUACGUGCAAACGGAAAUGACCGCCGGCUUCCCUCAAUUGCUUGAAAGUUGGAAGAGUGAGAUCAUGCUGGGUCGAGUUGCCCAACCAGACGAUCUCCGGGGCGCGUGCAUGUUUCUGGCGAGCGAUGCCAGUGCAUAUAUGACAGGGCAGGAUAUCGUCGUCGACGGAGGAGUGACUCGUUGGUGCAAUCUCGCGAGGUUCGGCAUCAGAACAACCAUCCUCGAUGAACAGGCCCAUAGGACAUCGACUGGUAGGGCCGAUGGAAUUCAGCCCAAGACUAUCGAGACUCUCAAACAGUUGCGACUCGCCGAUCCCCUUUUGCGUGAGGGUGCGCGCGUAUACGAUAUUUGCUUUUGGGAAUCCACAGAUGAUGCCUCCCUCCAUCGGACCGGUCGCAAAGUACACUAUCCGGAUGGUCUUGUCGGAGCUACGGAUCCCUAUAUCUUGCUGGCUCAUCAGGGGAUGCUCGAGGAUGUUUUUAUCCAGGAUAUGGCCUCUCGUGGGCUGGUUGUUACUCGAAACAGUCGAUUCUUGUCCUCUAGUCGCGUCCCUUCUAACAAUCGGUUGUGCGUGAGCUAUCAAGAUCUUGCGUCCGGCACUACCAAAGAUAUCCAAGCCGAUUACCUCGUUGGCUGCGAUGGCGCUCGGUCACAAGUGCGGCAAUCAAUUCCAGAUGCGCGGCUUGAAGGAGCGAGUACAAACGAAUCCUGGGGUGUCCUGGAUGGCGUGAUAGAAACGGAUUUCCCUGACCUCUGGAGCAAAGUUGCUGUGCGAUCUCAUGCAGCCGGUUCGAUUCUAUGGAUUCCUCGCGAGCGCAACAUGACCCGGUUGUACGUCCAGCUCAGUUCGGUUGACGGUGACGCCGUUGAUAAAACAAUGGUGACGGCAGAGUAUGUCAUGGAGCGCGCAAGGGCCGCCAUGAAUCCAUAUCGGUUGGAAUGGUCCAGCAUUGAAUGGUUCGGCAACUAUGUAGUUGGACAGCGAGUCGCCAAUCAUUUCACGGAUUCCCAACUACAGACAUUUAUCGCUGGUGAUGCAGGACAUUGUCACUCGGCUCUGGCAGCGCAAGGCGCCAACACCAGCAUGCAUGAUACGUUCAACCUCGCGUGGAAAUUGAAUCUCGUAAUUCGUGGCCUGGCAAAGCCAUCACUGUUGUCGACGUAUGAGGGGGAGAGGCAGAAGAUUGCAAAUGACCUUAUCGCUUUUGAUGUCGGACACUGCGAGGCCUUUUCCCAGGGCGAUGAGGCAUUGGCCCGGAACUUUGACGAGAACAUCCGCUUCAUCUCCGGCAUAGGCGCGGAAUAUGCAGCCGGUAUCCUUACGAAAGUGGACGACGACGAAAUGAAUGUGCAUCAAGGUCUCCGUCCGGGAGCCUUGUUAUUGCCAUCUCGAGCGACGCGAUAUAUCGACGCCAACCCGGUCGAUAUCCAACUGGACAUUCCUUUUUUGAGUCAGUUCAGGAUAUACUUGGUUGUUCCUAAUAUAACGAAAGCCAAGUCGUUUUUAUCCGCACUUUGUACUGGCUUGGACGCGUUUCUGCGCCGUAUAUCACCAAUUGCCGACAGGUCUUACUCGGACAUGCCCCGAAGCCUCGCUCAGUCUGAUACGUUCCUAUCGCCCCAGCGAUAUACUGCCGUCUCGCAUCUUGCUACUUUAGCCCUUGUAACCGCGACGCAGAAGUCUACCUUUGAGAUUCAUGAUCUACCAAUUCCGCUCCAAUAUAGCCGUUGGACGAUAUAUCUCGAUGACGUUGAUUCUCCCAAGUGUAUUAACAAGUGGGCCGGUUCGCUCACAGAUACUGAAGCGGCCGUUGUGAAUGUGAGACCGGACGGAUAUGUUGGAUCAGUUGGACGGUGGACUGGUGUUGAUGAUGCAGCGGUUGGUAAAAGAGCGACAGGGUGGGUUGAAGAUUACUACCGCGAAAUCUUGAUUUAG